ACCUGGCCGAGAUGUGCCAGCGCUACCACCACGCCGCCGGUGUCGUGCCACCACCACCCCAGGGGGCCACAACUCCGACGGCCGUCCAGCAGCACCGCCAGCAGACCUCCUCGCCGGCCAGGGAACAAGCCCACACCCCCGGCAGCAUUGUCCAGCACAUGGACCAGCCCAGCCCAUCCUACUCUCAUUACACAAUGUUGGACAGCUACGAGCGGGGCGAGGUGACACCACCGCCGUCGAGCGGGUACGCGGGCUCGCCUGGUCUGCUGGCGCUUCACUCGUCGUUGUACGCUACGCCCACGUCGAGGGCCUUCGACAUAGACUCGGGCAUCGACGGCAACGAGAGCCCCAUGUCGAUGGACACGCAGAUCAUACCGAUGCCGGGGAUGCUGAGCGGAGGUCAGCAGCGGCUGGACGACAUGUCGUGGCUGGCGACGGGGCCGUCGUUGCAGGAUUACCAGCAGGGCUUGGGUCCGAUGGGCGCCGGGGUGAAGAUGUGCCAUCCCGGGGCCGCCUCGGCGGCUGCCAGGAGCCUCAAGGAGCAGCGCAUCCGGCGGCCGAUGAACGCCUUCAUGGUGUGGGCCAAGGUCGAGCGCAAGAAACUCGCCGACGAGAACCCUGACCUCCACAACGCCGAUCUCAGCAAGAUGCUCGUUUUAUGGGUAGCGUACAAUGUAAUAGCUUUUUGA